GAAGCCGUGGUCCUUCGUUGCGCUAGGGGCGCUGUUUGCAUGACUUUCACAUUGUUGUUGUGACACGCGGUGUGAACGAGGUAGAGACGAUGGCUGCAACGAUGAAGGGUCCUGUGGGAGUUGAAGAUGUCAAUGUCACUUUCGAGGACCAGCAGAAGAUCAACAAGUUUGCCAGGAGCACGAAUCAAAUGACAGAGCUCAAAAAAGAAAUUGAGUUAAAAAAGAAAUCAUUGCAGAACUUGCAGGAUGCUGGCGAUGACCUAAUGAUGUUUGAUGACGACUCGCUGUUGAUUCCAUAUCAAAUUGGCGAUGUAUUUAUCAGUCACACGCAAGAAGAAACGCAAGAGAUGCUUGAGGCUGCUAAGGAGGAAUUGGAGCAAGAGGUCAAAGAACUUGAAGAACGCGUGUCGGCCAUCCAGAAGCUCCUGUCAGACCUGAAGGUGCAGCUCUACGCAAAGUUUGGCAACGACAUCAACCUGGAAGCGGACGAAAGCUGAGAUGGGAUUUUUGAUGAAUACUCACUCAGGACUUUAACAGAACAUUUGACAACAAUAGGAGGUCCAGUUGGAGCUGAUCUGCAAUGUUAACACAAAGAUAAAUAAGGACAACAAUGGAAGAAUAAAAAAAACAGGAAAGAAUAAAUGCCUUUCAGGUGUAUUUCGUU